CGCUGGUCCAUGGUUUUCGCCCUGUUCUGCGCCUUCGUGCUCUGCAACCUUGACAAGGUGAACAUGUCCGUCGCGAUUGUGCCCAUGGCCGAGAGCUUCGGCUGGACCUCCGUCGAGAAGGGUCUCGUCCAGUCCGCCUUCUUCUGGGGUUACGCCUUCACCCAGGUUCCUGGCGGCUGGCUCGCCGCCAAGUACGGUGGCAAGCUCGUGCUCUUCGCCGGCGUGAUGCUCUGGUCCUUUGGUACCCUCAUCGCGCCCGCGUGCGCCAACUUCUCCUUCACCGCGCUCCUCGUCUCCCGCUUCCUCGUCGGUCUCGGCGAGGGUGUCGCGCCCUCCGCGGCCACUGGCGUUCUCGCCAAGGGCGUCCCCGGCUCCCAGCGCUCCAAGGCUGUGACCGCCACCUUCGGUGGCCUCGACGUGGGCUCUCUCUCCGGCCUCAUCAUCGCGCCCCCCAUCAUCCUCUUCCUCGGCGGCUGGCCCGCUGUCUUCUACCUCUUCGGCGUCCUUGGUUUCAUCUGGGGUGCCUGGUGGGCGGUCGGCUACAUGAACGACAAGUCCACCGAUGCCCGCGAGACCGCCGAGGAGAAGGAGGCGCGCGAGGCCAAGGAGGCCUCCGGCGCCAAGGCUGACCCCAUCCCCUUCGGCAAGUUCUUCAAGAACGGCUCCUUCUGGGCUCUCAUGGCGGCGCACUUCACCUGGAACUACUUCUCCUACGGUCUCCUCGCGUGGCUCCCCUCCUUCCUCUCCUCCGCCCUCAACGUGACCCUCACCAAGUCCUCCUUCCUCUCCAUCCUCCCCUACCUCGCCACCGUCGCGGUGACCACCAUUGUCGCGCCCACCGCUGACUCCUGGGAGAAGAAUGGCAUGACCCGCACCAACGUCCGCAAGCUCUCGCAGACCCUCUGCUUCGGUGGCGGUGCCAUCUGCCUCGCCCUCGUCGGCCUCGUGGUCAAUUCCACCCCCCCUGAGGCGGUGACUCAGACCACCGUCAUCACCGUGAUGUCCCUCCUCACCGUCUGCUUCGGUAUGGGUGCGUGGGUGCGCACCGGCCUCUUCUGCGGCCACCAGGACAUGUCCCCCAAGUACGCGUCCAUCAUGCUUGGCAUCACCAACACCGCCGCGGCCAUCGCGUCCACCCUCUCCACCUUCUUCACCGGCUACUUCUUCUCCAUCUCCGGUGGCUCUUGGGGCUGGUCCCUCUUCUUCCCC